AUGCAUUUGACGAUGCGACAAGCACCAAAUAGCGAUAAUUUUCUACAGAAACUCCUCAAAACUACAGCAUUUUGGCCGCUUUUCGGCGAUUUGUCGGUGGAGGAGCGAAAGUCGCGAUUUUUCGAGGAGGUCUCACAGCGAAAAUUGACUUUGGUAAGUUGGAAAUAUUCUUUGGCACAAUGCCAACGAUCUUAUCUUUACUUCCUAUUGUUUCUUAUCAAUUUGUCAAUAAAAAUCCCCAUUUUUAAUUGGAAAACUCAUGAAAAUGUGUGUAGUUUGAUCAAUUUUCAGACAUUUCCUAAGAGUGGUUUGACUAUUCCUUUAAGUUUGGCACAAUUUCAAAUUAUCGAGCAUCGUCACGUGGAUUUCGAAAGCCAACAAUUUUUAUUCAACGACUACUGGGUUACGGUAGCGGGUCGUGUUGAGACCCACGGCGAUUUUUUGACGGGCGAAUGUCAAUUUCGAAUUAUUUUGGGCCCCGAAGCGUUGGCUUUGAGUGACGUGGAAAUCGAAUUUUUGAGAAAUAAAGGUCUUCCAAUUUGA